CAGAGCAGACGACGAGCAAAAGUUGACCGCGUGCCACAAAACUCGUUGAGACGCGUGUUUUUCAGUGUUUUUUUAUCAAAAUAUUACAACGAUAUCGAAACAAAUCGAAAUACUAUAUACGUGUGCAGCAAUAAUCGUUAAUUAAUUCAACGCUAAUCGUUCGUCGAUCGUUGCCUUAAACCUGAUUUUUAUAAUUUGUAAAUUGAUCGCGUUAUUUGUGCCUCGCGCUUGCUCUCUGUGUGUGUGUGUGUGUGUAGCAUGUUGCCAGCCACUGGGCCAGGCGGCCGUUGCUGCUGACCAAGGCUAAUUUAAACCAGCAACAAAAACAACAACAAACUGCAAUUGUAGCCAAAGCACAAACAGACACAAAAUAUAUAUAUACAUAUAUUAAAAAGAAAAACAAUCAACGCUUCGAUUUGCCAACGACAACGGAGGCUGUUGCUUACAAAAAAAAAAAGCCCACAAAAAAAAGUGUCAAUUACAACAACCGCAGCCGCACAACACACCCAAACACACACACACACACACUCGCACACACACACAUAGAAUGGCCAGCUUAGGUGCGCAUUCGCUGCUGCUGUUGCUGCGGCGGCGGCUUAUGUUGCUGCCGUUGCCGUUGCUGUUGCUGCUGUUGCUGCUGCUGCUGAUGUUGACAGGCGGCGCAGAGAGCACGCGCCUGCCGCUGGAGGUGUACGAGCUGACGCCAACGGCCAGCGCUGACAGCGAUGCCAAGCACAAGAGCUUGGAAUAUGUCAUCUACGAUCCCAAAGAGCUAACAGGUGCGCCCAAGGCGGCAGCCACAGCAGCAGCAACAACAACCAGCAGCACGGCGAGGCCAAGCAGCGAAAAGCCGCUAACUAUUGCCGUGGUCAGCAUCUCAGCGGAGCAGCAGCAGCAACAGUCGGAGCUGGAGCCUGCCGCACAGGCGGGGCGACGUGCGCGCCAAAUGCUGCAGCAGCAACAUCGACUGAGCGGCAGCAGCAGCAGCAACAAGCAUGCGCACAGCGUCAAGGAUCUGCGCAUACUCUACCAAGUUGGGGACUCCGAGGCCGAUUUGCCCGUGUGUGCACCGAAUGCGGUCUGCUCCAAGAUCGACCUGUACGAGACGCCCUGGAUAGAGCGCCAGUGUCGCUGUCCCGAAUCGAAUCGCAUGCCCAACAAUGUCAUAGUGCACCAUCAUGAGCACGCGCAUGGCACGUUGACUGAGGGCCAGAAAUUCCGAAGCUACUACGAGAAGGAGAAACUGUUGCAGCACAAGCGCCUGCUGCUGGCCGGGCACCAGGACAAGAAGUACGAGAGUCUGCAUCUGAAGAAGCUCAUGCAGAAACUGGGCGCUGUCUACGAGGACGAGCUGCAGCUGCCGUCUGCCGGCGACUAUGUGGAACGCUCGCCGGACUACAAUGAGGCGCUGCCGCCGGCCUACGAGCAGCUGGCGGACAAUGAGCUGCCCCAGGCGCCAGCACGCGGCGCGACGCACAUGCGUCACUCGGGACAUCGCGGUCUGAAGGAAGCGGCCAGCUUCAUUGGCGGCUGUCCGAGCAACCUGGGCGUGGAGGAUGGCCAUACCAUAGCGGACAAGACCAGGCACUACAAGCUGUGCCAGCCGGUGCACAAGCUGCCCGUCUGCAAGCACUUCCGUGACUACACCUGGACACUGACCACCGCCGCGGAGCUGAAUGUCACCGAGCAGAUCGUGCACUGUCGCUGUCCCAAGAACUCGGUCACCUAUCUGGCCAAACGCGAGCCGGUGCCCAACAGCAGCACAUCCUAUCGCUAUCUAUUCGCCUGCUCCCCGCUGACGCGCCUACGCUGCCAGCGCAAGCAGCCGUGCAAGCUGUUUACGGUGCGUAAACGUCAGGAGUUUCUCGACGAGGUCAACAUCAAUUCGCUGUGCCAGUGCCCCAAGGGUCAUCGCUGUCCCAGCCAUCACACACAGUCGGGCGUUAUAGCGGGCGAGAGUUUUCUGGAGGACAAUAUACAGACAUAUUCCGGCUAUUGCAUGGCCAACGAUUGAACUGACGAUCUAAUAUGAUUGUAUAUGGGUUUAUAUAGGUUUAUCUAGCACUCGACUGAGCCAAUUGAGUCUCGCCAAGUUAACAAUUAAAACUGACAAACUAAAACUACAAACUACAACUAAUUUAUGUGCAUGUGUGUGUAUGAGUGUGUGCGUGUGUGUGUGCGUGUAAAAAAGGUUUUUUGUUGCUACCAAAAUUUGGUCAUAAAUCAUAAAAAAAAA